AUGGCUGAUCCCCGCCAUGGGUCCUACAAGGAUCUGGUCCAGGCCCAUGGAAAGGAGCUAGAUGUGUUACUACGACAGGGCAUCUAUAAGCCGGUUUUUGUUUAUCAUAUUCUAAUAUUCCACUUUCUACCUAUCAUUGGCCUCAUUAUCCCACGAUCUAGAGCCACCCGGUACGUGCGGCCGGGCAUUUUCGUGGUAUGCCUAGGGGUUUCAAUUGAGACUCUCAAAAGCCACCGAACUUUACUCGGGGGGAAUGGAUAUAUGAUCGGCUUGAUGACCGCGUGGUGGCUAGUAUGGACCGCCACUCUCUUCAUGUUUACCGACCUGGAGCGUGACUUUCAACGAAUUGAGCGAGGAUCCGCGACGGAUCAUGAACCGGAUACAUCCUCCUCAUUGCCAGAGGAUACGAAGUCAAAUAUGAAUUCCAUCUUGGCAAAUGGCCAACGGGCGAGUCCUGUGAGUGGCAAAAAAGCGACCCGCAGUACAUCGACAAUCAUAGACUGUGCAAAGCAGCGCAGCCACAAUACAUUUCAUUGGCAAUCUUAUCCUCGGAAAUUCAGACAUCGUCUCGACUGGUGUGCUGGGCUACUCUUUAACCUUCGAGGUCCUGAGUGGAAUUGGAGAGCACCGAGACUAGGUCCCCUUCCCCGGUCAGUACAUGCACAAUUGGAUUUGGGCUUUGACUCGAACCAGAUUUGCCCGGAGAAUGACGGCGCCUCCAUGAGCCCCAGAAAGACGCUCGAGUCAGCCUUUUAUAUGUGCCUACAAUCCUAUCUUCUCUUAGACUUUCUCAAGGUUGUAAUGAUGCGAGACCCGUACUUUCGAGGCUACGUUUCGAGUGAACUGGGCCCGCCAUUCCCAUUCUCUUGCCUCAUCCCUUUUCCUGUUCUGGUGAACUUCUAUCGGUAUUUCCUUAGUGCGACGGGCGUCUAUGUGGCACUCAAUUUUGUCACAUCAUUUAACCCCAUUUGCUUCUUAGGGCUGUCGCUAGCCUUCCCGAAUGCUUCUCGCAGGUUGACAGCUGCUCCGCUGGAUGAAUCUUGGCUUUACUCUGACAACUUUGGACCCAUCGUCUUUCCUGUUCUUAAUUAUGGGCUAGCCGGAUGUUGGGGAAGGUGGUGGCACCAACUUUUCCGAUACGGAUUCACUGCUAGUGCGCGGUGGGUUCUGUCACUGCUUCCGACAAGCGUUUCGGACAAGCCACAUAUCAGGCGAAUAGUUCAUCUCGUCGUUGCAUUCGCCCUUAGCGGCUUCAUUCAUUCUUGUGGCAGUUUCACGCAGUUCACAGCUACUCAGCCUCUUUCGGGGCCAUUUUUAUUCUUUUCCCUUCAGUGCAUGGCCAUCUUCUUGGAGAGCGUCUUCAAGAGCGUGAUUGUCCCGAGAACGCCUCUUGCCCGCGUUCCUCGGUGGCUCGGACAGACAGCUAAUGCAUUCGGGGUCAUCAUGUGGUUUCUCUACUCUGGUGGAUUUAUUGCAGACGACUUUGCAAGAGGCGGAUUGUGGUUAAUGGAGCCAGUUCCCAUAAGUCCACUUAGAGGUCUCGGCCUUGCGCGAGACAAAGGAUGGUGGUGCUGGGACUUGCCAUGGUUUGGGUACUGGAGUGAUGGAACCUACUGGGGCAGUGGAAUCCGGGUUAUAUAA